AUGUUGCCGCAUGGCUACCUGGCGCCGAUGGCCGAUUCGUUGACUAACUGCGUUGUUCCAGAUGAGCCCGGAUCCGACUCCCAAAGAGCCAUCGAGCAGACAGUUCCAGCCAGGCCGCGGCGCUACUUUGCGCCCCUUUUGAUCUUCUGCAUCUUCCUGCGCCUCGAAGUCUUUUAUCGCGUGAAUUCCCAGCUCCAGUGUUCCACACCAGGAAUCCAGUCGUUUCUGUCUCUAUACCUGGUCCUGUACCAUGUUCUUUACUAUCAAAAGGCCCGCGCUCCACCCCCAGAGGAAGACCCUUGGGCAACGCCUCUUGACGAUCUGGCGGUAUGGGCCAACGGCUCUGGAUCUCUCGCGCUGGGGAGCACUUUCCUUGUCUGCUACGGCACCUUUGUCGCCGUCACACAGGAACCCAGAUCGACCUUCUUCUGCUCGUCCCUCUCGGACAGUCGGCUGUCGACUCUGGCCUUCCAGCUUGUCGGCCUAUUCCUGGACGCCGCCAUCAUAACGCUAUUCUGGCGCAUUCUAUCCUGGGCGAAAACGACAAAGGUGCGCCUCCGGACACUGGCUUCCAUCUUGCUUCUCUCGGGGGUCUUCAUCAAGGUCUUUCAGAUCCUGAUAUCCCCACUCGUGUCCACCAGCGAGGGCUAUCCGGCAUCCAUCGGCGGGAUUGACUCAUUGUACAUCUUCGACGUCUUCAUCGACGGCUUCGCCUUUUCCGUCCUCGUCAUUUCCCUGGGCAUACUCGUUUGUGAAACGAGCCCUGUUACGCCUGCGAGCCUUGUCACCUUCAUAUGUGGCAUGGCGGCGAGUUUCCAGAACAUCAGUCACAUUGGAACCUGGCAAAUGCAGUCCAAAAUUGUGGCCAUCGGGCCGCUUUACCUUUUGACCGCAGGCUACAGCAUGUUUCUUUACAGCACCAACGUCCGCUCGAUCCUCUUUAUCCCCAGAGUGUUGCUACUGAUCAUUUUGCUGGCGACGUUCAUCGGGAUGACCAUUACCGGUCUCGUCAAGUCGACCACGGAGAAACAGCACCCUCUGAACAAAAUCAUCUAUGACACUAGGGUGGAAUCGGACCGUUGGCUCCGGCAUGCCAUGACCAGCGACAACAUCCGCACCGCCGUCGGUGUGUACCAUGAACGGCACUACGGCAGAGAUCCGCCCCCCAAUUUCGACAAGUGGUUCGAGUUUGCCAAGGCGCGCAAGACGGCUAUCAUCGACCACUUUGAGCAGAUGGAGAGUGACAUAUUUCCUUUCUGGGGCGUUAAGCCGGAGGCGAUUCGGCAGGCCUAUGAUGAGAGGGUUGCAAAAGAACCGCAUAUUGCGGUUGUCACAAUUGCGAACAAGCAAGUGGCGCACAACUACGACGGCGACGACGAAAACAGGAGGGUGCUCAACGAGCUGGUCACUAUGAUUCAGGGGUUCGUAGAGCACCUGUCGGACAUGAAGGUGCCCAUCAACUUGAGCAACCAGCCGAGGGUAUUGACUCCGUGGUAUGAUCUCCGCAGGAUCGACAUUGCAGGGAUGAAGAAGAAGUUCAAGCACCUGUCGUCGCGUUCGGCCGAGGACCCAGCGGCAGGUGGCAUCGGCGAUGCCCCCCAACCCGAGAAGGCCGUUGAAGCCCAAAGCUCAGAUUCGCAACACGUCCAAGACAAGCCAAAAGUCGUGGCUGAUUCGCCCAUCGUCGUGUCGCACACGAAACGAGACAUGUUCGCGUCCACCAAGGCGUGGCGGGAGAUGGAAGCCUCGGUGUGCCCGGCAGACAGCCCGGGGAGAUCGGGACUCCACUGGAACGUCCGCGAUUUCUGCACAUCUUGCGCCAGACUGCACUCGGACGAGCAGUUCCUGAAGCGCUACCCGCAAUCCAAAAGCCUUUGUGACCAACAAGACCUCACGCGGCUCCAUAGCUUCCACACGUCGGCGCCGCCCAUCACGCCCUUGCAGGAGCUACUGCCCAUAUUCAGCAGGCACAAGGCCGACGGCUUCAACGACAUACUCAUACCCCUGGUGCCGCUGGCCGACGAGGGCCCCGAAGUGACAAAAGACUUCCGGCAGCGCAAAGAUGGUGUGUACUGGCGCGGUAAGAUUGGCGACAAGCCUAUCAGCGACGAGGCGCUGCGCGGGAACCACAAGCACAGGCUGGUCCACCUCGUCAACAACGCGACGGCUGCGGAGGAGGUCACGAUGAUGCUAGGCGCGCCGUCGCAGGGCAACUGGUACAGCUACGAGACGGUCAGCGCGCGGGAGGCCAACGCGGUGCUUCCGUUGGACGUGGGCAUCUCGGAGUACGCGUGCUCGGGCGGCCCCGGGUGCGAAGCGGCCGAGGCGGAGCUUGGACGGAAAGCGGCGGGGGGGGAUCCGCUCGAUAACCGGUACGUGCUGCUGUUGGACGAGGACACGGCACCUCCGGCGGGGAUGCUGCGGACGAUCCGGUCGGCGGGCAGCGUACCGCUCCUUUCAUCAGUGUUUGGCGAGUGGUACUCGGAGCGGCUCAUACCAUGGCUGCACUUUGUACCCAUCGACACGCGAUUCCAGGCGCUGCACAGCACGGUGGCGUACUUUGUCGGGCUCAAGGGCCGCGGAGCGAUCAACGGGCGCGAGGUGGAGUUUGAGGCGCGGUGGGAGGACGCCGAGUGGAUCGCGACGCAGGGGGCACGUUGGGCGGGCGAAGCGCUUCGGAGGGAGGACAUGGAGAUAUACCUGUUUCGGCUCCUGCUGGAAUGGGGCCGCGUCGUGAGGGACGACCGGGACAGCAUCGGGUUCAAGCUGGAGAAAGCGUGA